GUGCUCAAACACAGCUGGACUUGUUCAAUCACACACGCUCCUGUCACCCUGUCCGGGGAACAUCGAGGGCACCACCACACUCAGCUCGUUCUUGAGGGACUAAUCAUCACGUGUAUCGCUACUGCUUUCCAUUUGAAAUGAAUUUACAUGUUUGAGAAAUGUUUUAUUAGCUACUGACCCCAGGACUUCUCGGACUGACCAGCAGCAGAGCUAAACAAAACUUCGCAAACUUGCGCGUGCACGCUGUCUCUGAGGACUUCACCGGGGCGACGAUGGACCAUUUCUUUUGCGCGGUCCUUUUGGUGCUGAUGUCCUGUGUUCAUGAUUCCCUGAGCAUGGAGAGGAAUAAGGAUAUUCCAACAGAAAAACUGCUUGUACUCACUGUUGCAACAGAGGAGACGGAUGGCUUCCACCGUUUCAUGCAGUCAGCAAACUACUUCAACUUCAAUGUGAAGGUGCUGGGGAUGGGGGAGGAGUGGAAAGGUGGGGAUGUCGGACGGUCCAUCGGUGGAGGCCAAAAGGUUCGACUGCUGAAGGAAGCCAUGGAGUCUCUGGCUGACCAAGAGGACUUGGUGGUGUUGUUUGUGGACAGUUAUGACCUCAUCUUUGCGGGUGGACCUGAGGAGAUUCUCAGAAAGUUCCAGCAGACCAAUCAUAAGCUGGCGUUCGCUGCUGAGGGAAUCAUCUGGCCAGAUUCUCAACUGGUAGAGAAGUAUCCUUCUGUCCGGAGUGGGAAACGCUUUCUGAACUCUGGAGGCUUUAUUGGCUAUGCUCCAUACAUACAGAAGAUUAUGAACCAGUGGGACCUUCAUGAUAACGAUGAUGAUCAGCUGUUCUACACGAAGAUCUACGUGGAUCCACUUCAGAGGGAAAGGCUUAAUAUGACCUUGGACCAUAAGUGCGAGAUUUUCCAAAAUUUGAAUGGAGCAGUGGAUGAAGUUCUCCUGAAGUUUGGGACAGAACGAGUGCGAGUGAGGAACACCGUCUACAACAGUCUGCCAGCUGUUAUACAUGGAAAUGUGAACACCAAGAUAUACUUGAAUUACUUGGCCAACUACAUCCCCAAUGUGUGGAACUAUGAGCAAGGCUGUACCAUCUGUGACCAAGACAUGGUGGAUUUGUCUCAGCUUAAAGAAUUUCCACAAGUGACUGUUGGUGUGUACAUCGAGCAGCCAACUCCAUUCCUGCCAGAGUUCCUCGAACGGAUCCUAAAUCUUGAUUAUCCCAAAGAUAAACUGAAUGUCUUUGUUCAUAACAAUGAGGUUUACCAUGAGAAGCACAUACAGAAGUUUUGGGAAGAGAACAAGGAUGUAUUCCGCAGUUUUAAGGUUGUUGGCCCUGAGGAGAGCUUAACUCAAGGAGAAGCAAGGAACAUGGGAAUGGAUUUGUGCCGACAGGAUCUUUCUUGUGAUUAUUACUUCAGCAUUGACGCAGAUGUGAUGCUCACCAACCGACAGACCCUGAAACUCCUCAUUGAGCAAAACAGAAAAAUAAUUGGCCCUCUUGUCACCCGUCACGGAAAACUGUGGUCCAACUUUUGGGGUGCCCUGAGCCUAGAUGGUUAUUACGCAAGAUCUGAGGACUACAUUGACAUCGUGCAAGGAAAGCGUGUUGGUGUGUGGAACAUCCCCUUCAUGGCACACAUCUACCUCAUUAAGGGCCAGACUCUGAGGAAUGAAUUUAAAGGGAGAAAUGUCUUUGUGUUGGAGAGACUGGACCCUGACAUGGCCAUGUGCAGGAAUGCCCGAGACUUGACAGUACACAGAGAAAGAGAAUCUCCUUCUCCGGAAAGAUUCCAUAUGCUCAGACCCCCAAAGGGAGUUUUCAUGUAUAUUACAAAUCGUCAUGAGUUUGGAAGGCUUAUUUCGACUGCCAACUAUAACACAUCCCGUUAUAACAAUGACCUUUGGCAAAUAUUUGAAAACCCUCUGGACUGGAGAGAGAAAUACAUCCAUCCCAACUACACUAGAAUUUUUACUGACAACGUCUUGGAGCAGCCAUGCCCAGAUGUUUUCUGGUUCCCCGUGUUCUCGGAGAAAGCCUGCGAUGAGCUGGUGGAGGAGAUGGAAAAGUUUGGGUCAUGGUCUGGUGGAAGGCACGAGGACAAGCGUAUCACUGGAGGCUAUGAGAGUGUCCCGACAGAUGACAUUCAUAUGAGACAGAUCGAUUUCGAUAAGGAAUGGCUGCACUUUAUCAGAGAAUUCAUCUCCCCCAUCACGCUCAAGGUUUUCUCUGGCUAUUACACCAAGGGCUAUGCGAUUAUGAACUUUGUGGUGAAGUACACUCCAAACAGACAAGCCUAUCUGAGGCCACAUCACGAUUCCUCAACUUUCACUAUUAAUGUUGCUCUCAACAACAAGGGCUUAGAUUUCCAGGGUGGAGGUUGCCGAUUUCACAGAUAUAACUGUUCCAUAGAGUCUCCUAGAAAAGGCUGGAGCUUCAUGCAUCCAGGUAGACUCACUCACCUUCACGAAGGACUACCUACGACCAACGGCACACGCUACAUAGCAGUGUCCUUCAUAGAUCCUUAGACUCCCUCGUAGUUCUAGCAGUUAGAAAUUGACUGGCCUUGAUAUGUUUGUGUAGUGUCAGCUGUUUGUUUUCACUGAUUUAUUCUUGGUUUAUGUGUUGAGUGACUGUUUGUGUUUGCUGUCUUUUGAAACAUUUACUACUGUCGAAAGAGAAAAUGCUGUUCAUCAGAAGUUUAAUAAAGUGGGUGCACACAAACACAUACAGUACUCACUCCGGCAGACUUCAUUCAUCGGUCAGAACUCAAAAUUACAUUUAGAUGUUUGAUCAUAAUUUUUCUAUUAUAACUUUGACAAAGAAUUCAGGGGAGCUCAGUAACUCUUCAUUUAAAGAGUUUUAGUUCGGGGUGUUUAGCUUUGGCACGCGCUCAUAACAGCUGUCUUCAAGUCCUGGAAAGUUAGCAUAUUAGUUUGGAAAUUGCAAUUACAUUAAGAUGUGCAUUUAAGUCAUUCUUAUUAGAAUAAAAUUGCAUAAACAUUGCACAAGCCUGUCACCCUUUUAAACUUUUAUUUUCUAGUGCUAUUCUACAUCAACAGCACGUUACAGUGAAUUUCAAAACUAACUGUACCAUCAAUAUUUGGAGUUAACUUUAUGAUAAAUAUUAAUUAGCUUCCACCAGUAUUCUUAAACGGACACAUCCCCAACUCAAAGUCUGGGUUAUAAUAAAAAAUAAGAGUGUGCAAAUCAACAAUACUCAUAAAUGCAAUUAUUCCAACAUCAUUCAAGGCAGCAAUAAGUACACUGUCAGUUUCCUAUCAUCAGUAGAAUAAAAUACAAAGGUCAAAUUGUUUAUUUCAGUUUUCAUUGAUAAUUGGUACAAAGAAAGGUGAGCGCCACGGACUGUAAAAUAUUCUAGAUUACUGUAAAAUAAUCUAGAUUGUAGAGCUGUUACUGACAAUGAAAUAACAUGCCUUCAAUAGUUCUUCAAUGUAGCAGUUAACCGUGUUUUUAAAGAUAUGAAGGUAAAGUUACAUGACAAGGUUACAUGACUAUGAAACUAUGAAAAUGCUGUCAACAAAAUACAUAUAAUUUUGUAUGUUUGCACAACAAGAAACAACAGGAUUUUAAAUGAAUUCUGGUUAAGUUUUUAUUUUCAAAGUUUUGCUGAAGGUGUUUUUUGUUGUUGUUGUUGUUUGUUUUUUACUGUAAAAACAAGGUAAAAUAUGCCUUAUUUCGCAUUCUCGAAACUGAGAAUAUCUCAGAGAUGUCAAAUGUUUUACUUUCUUGUUCUUUUUAAAUGUCUCAGACAGGUCAAACUCUUAACUUAUUUCGAAAUUGUUGAAAUAAUAAAAAAUGUUUU